AUGAUGAGAAAAUCAAGGGGACUGCAUUUUAUCAAGGAAAAUCUAAUGCACAGGUGUGAGGUCCUUGUCUCCACCUUCUCCCUUUGUGGUGGUGCUCCUGCAAUGGCUUCUUCAAGGAAAUGGGCAUGUAUCAUCUCCUCCGUUGCUUCUUCCAUAUAUUUCCUUGUCAUUUUCUUUCAAAUUCCACUUUUCAGGGUCCGAUGUACAAGUGGUUUAUGCAGAACACCUAUACAGGUGACAUGCUCACAAUUGGUUGCAAGUGAGCUGUUUCCUACAGUUGUAGUGAAGGCUCUGCUGUAUCCAGGGGCCAUUGCAAAUGCUUUCUUUAAGAAUACAACCAUCCCAAACUACAACAACUUGCUCAACUUAUAUCACUUCACCAAUCUCACCACAGCUCCUGCAACAUCUGAUCUUCAGCGCAUAGAGGUUCUUGCUGGGAGUUACUUAUCCAUUGCGGGAGCAAUUUUGGGUGUGAUAAAAAGAAGCAGAAUGGGCCUCAUUUCAACACUUCUUAUCCUAUGGGGCCUUGUGAGGGAAGCCACCACAACAAAAUCUAGUGACACAAAUCCAGUGAAACCAAUUGAUAUUUACCCAACAAUGUCAAUAGCUUUGCUUUCUGCCUUCUUCUCCAUAAGAAGGGAUGUUAGAAAGAUAGUUCGAAUCUCCAAAGGUAACAGAAAUGCAAAACAUUCAUGGACUCUUUUGAGAGCAAAACACGUGUGA